CGUUCGCUAACAUUAAAAGCAAGGGCAAAAAGAAGUCAGGUAAAAUGACGAGUAUAAUUUGUGCAGUCCGUGGUUGCCAUAACAAUUGGAGAAAAAGAAGAUUGUCUCUUCAGCAAGAGUGUUUUACUCACGGGAAGAAGCGAAUUGAAUGCUGUGGGCCAUCGUUUCAUCUAUAUCCGCCUCCUAGCGUUGAGGAAGACCGGCGUCUUUGGCUGAGGGCACUUCACUUAAAAAAAACUCCAAAAAGACCCUAUGUCUGUUCGUUUCAUUUUGUGGAUGGUAGACCUACUACCCAACACCCGUAUCCCGAGAAAUGGCUUGGGUAUGAAGCUCCGGUGCGACGUCCGCGACGACAGCUUGUUAGGCAAUCAGAGGCAUCAACCAGCAAUGCUGCUGAGGCUGAGCCUGAGCUCGAGCCGGAGGGUGAUGGACAUCGCGACAUCGGAACGCAGUGGGAGGAUCAAUGCAUGACCGAUCACAACUAUGCUGCAAGACCUUUACUUCACCAACCUCUGCUGUGUGACCAGGCAACCCAGUGCUCAGCGAGCACUGCAAAAUAUCAAGAGCUUGUGCGAAAUGACAACCUGAGCCUACUUUACACUGGGUUGCAUCUGGAUGCUUUCACCUCUUUGGCUGAUGACCUAACCCGUGAUUUCUCUAACAGCUCUCAUAUUCAUCCGUGGGAUCAGGUCUUAAUGACUCUCAUGAAGCUUCGUCUGAACCUACUUCAACAAGACAUCGCAGAGAGGUUUCAGGUGUCACAGCCCUUUGUCAGCAAGGUAAUUUCUUUCUGGUUAGAGGUCAUGGAGGAGAGGAUGCGGCUUUACAUCCCUUGGCUACCCAGGGAGACUAUUAGGGCAACAAUGCCACAGUGUUUCAAAGAGCAUUAUUCAUUAACCACCUGUGUCAUCGACUGCUCUGAAACGCCCCUUCAGAAGCCCCACAACCUUGAUUCCAGAGGGGAGUCUUACAGCCACUACUAUGGACAAAAUACCAUCAAGUUCCUGGUAGCAAUUGCACCUUGUGGCCUUAUCAUGUUCGAACAGCAUCGCUUGUCUCUGCCCAGGUAACAUCCAUCUUAAAGGUCACACUAAAGGUUAGGUUACACUAGCUAACCGGAACUAGCUGACCGGAAGAUCAUACACAAAGCGGAAGAAAAAAGCCGUUAAAAAUGGGCGGGGCGUAAUAGGGUGAAUAGAGGAAGUUUCAAAGCUCCUUUCCUAUCAUCUAGAAUUUGAACAGCUCUUAUCGUAGCGGCCACUUGGGUACUUCCGGGUCAUUUCGCUCCGUUAGGAACCCUCCUAAGAUAUACUGAAUAUUCGACCGUACCCUUGGGUCCCCUUUGGUUCCUACUGCACUUGGGUCCAAUU